UAGGCCCAACCCCAGCGCCGCCGCCGCCGCUCCCUCUCCCCUAAUCCUCCGCUCCUCCACCGAGCGCCGCCCUCCGCCGCCGUCAGCUCUCGCCGGAGAAGUAACCUGAGGAUGGCGACUCUGAGGAACCUAAAGAUCAAGACGUCGACUUGCAAGAGGAUCGUCAAGGAGCUGCGCUCCUACGAGAAGGAGGUGGAGAAGGAGGCGGCCAAGACCGCUGACAUGAAGGAGAAAGGCGCCGAUCCCUACGAUCUCAAGCAGCAGGAGAAUGUUUUAGCUGAGUCAAGGAUGAUGGUCCCAGACUGCCAUAAGCGUCUUGAAACUGCACUGGCAGACUUGAAAGCAACUCUGGCUGAAUUGAAGGAAUCAGAUGAACCAGGUGCUGAGAUUGGAGAGGCUGAGAGUACAAUCGCAGAAGUCGAAGCAGUAGUGAAGCCAACAGAAGAUUAAACUCGAAGUCUUGUUCUUCUAAUCCCAGCAACUCUGUUUUGUUGAUACCACAGUGGCUUAUCUAGUACUGUGAUGUUUGCUGUGAGCCUGUGAACAAUGAACUAUUGUAUCCUUUUUAUGGCUCUUGAGCCCUGACCUUGAAGAUUUGACCCUGAUUAUGUGCGUGCUUUUCUUCCUGGA